GGGCAGAGGCGGGAGGCCGCCGACCCCUGGUGGUGGCAGCAGGCAGCUGGGGCGUGCGUGGGUGGCAGUGAGGAGGGGCGGAGGGAGGAAGCUGGCUUCCUGAAGCCUGCUCAGCCCUCAAAGACAGACCAACAGACAGACAGACAGCUGGCGAGAGGCGCUGGGGGACACAGCUCUUCAGUCAAAGGUCAUGGCCCAGUGAGCCUCCCCUGGGCCCAGCCCCUGCCCCCCCACCCCCGCCGGAGCAUGGUCCAGGCCCGCGGGGGGCACUCCAGAGCACAGCCGCCGGCCACCCUUCCCCUGAGGGCAGCCAUGACCCAGCUUCCACCUGACCAGGCGCCAGCCAAGAAGCACGUGCGCCUGCAGGAGAGGCGCGGCUCCAAUGUGGCUCUGAUGCUGGACGUGCGGUCCCUGGGGGCCGUGGAGCCCAUCUGCUCGGUGCGCACGCCCCAGGAGGUCACCCUGCACUUUCUGCGCACAGCCGGGCGCCCCCUCACCCGCCGGGCCCUGCAGCACCAGCCACCCAGCUCCAAGCAGCUGGAAGAGGAAUUCUUGAAGAUCCCCUCAAACUUCGUCAGCCCUGAAGACCUGGAUAUCCCUGGCCAUGCCUCCAAGGACCGAUACAAGACCAUCUUGCCAAACCCCCAGAGCCGCGUCUGUCUGGGCCGGGCCCAGAGCCAGGAGGACGGAGAUUACAUCAACGCCAACUACAUCCGGGGAUACGGUGGGAAGGACAAGGCCUACAUCGCCACCCAGGGCCCUAUGCCCAACACCGUGUCAGACUUCUGGGAGAUGGUGUGGCAGGAGGAGACGUCCCUCAUCGUCAUGCUGACACAGCUCCGAGAGGGCAAGGAGAAGUGUGUCCACUACUGGCCCACGGAGGAAGAGACCUACGGGCCCUUCCGCAUCCAGGUCCAGGAUGUGAGAGAGCGCCCGGAGUACGCCGUGAGGCAGCUCACCAUCCAGCACCGGGAAGAGCGCCGGCCAGUGAAGCACAUCCUCUUCUCAGCCUGGCCUGACCACCAGACCCCAGAGUCGGCUGCGCCCCUGCUGCGCCUGGUGGCCGAGGUGGAGGACAGCCCAGAGACAGCUGCCAGCACUGGGCCCAUCGUGGUCCACUGCAGAGCAGGCCCAGGUCUUACUUGGACAGGAAUCUCUAGUGAGGGAUGCAGACGCCUCCGCUCUCCCCUCCGGACCGCCGUUCACGGCCUGUGCACCUCUCCCCGCAGGGGGGGCAUGAUCCAGACCGCGGAGCAGUACGAGUUCCUGCACCACACCUUGGCCUUGUACGCCGCCCAGCUGCCAGAGGAGCCCAGCCCCUGA